AUGCGUGUCAUAUUCGUUCUUCUCUGUUUUAAUAUUAUGGUCUUUGGAAGCGUUGGUUCGGGUUUUAGGUGUUCACAUCUUCUUCCUGGGCAGUAUAAAUGUGAUGAACCACAUAUUUUUAAUUUGACUCAAGAACCCAUUUUUUGUUCUGAUCCAUCUGGCAUCACUAGAAUUAAAUGUUAUCCUGCUCCUGGCAUUUCAUGUGCCGAUUUGCUAGAAGCAAAUGGAGUGGAGUACUUUUUCAAGAAUGUUACCUGUUUAUGGACUAAUGGGUACAAUCAUGAGAUAGCUUUACUUCUUUCUAUAUUCGGAGGCCUUUUUGGGCUGGACAGAUUCUAUCUUGGUUACAUUGCUUUGGGAUCGCUUAAAAUGUGGUCAAUUGGGGGACUUGGCUUAUGGUACUUAGUUGAUCUUAUUUUGUUAGUAACAGACAAUCUGCAUCCGGCUGAUCACUCAAAUUUGACUCAUCUCUACUAUAAUCCUCCUUUAUCUUACAUUCACGACGGUCUUUAA